AUGUUCAUGUACAGAAUAAACCUAGUCUUUGUUUUAUUUUGUGAGUACUGUAAGUUUAUAUACAAUUGCAGGUGCAUUCUUGUUUACUUUUCACUAAAAGUUGCAUUUUAAUUAUGAAGUGAUGUUGUACCACUUUGUUUUAAGUGUUCGUGGAUGGGAGGUCGCUUGUGAAAAGGCAGGUUCCAUACAAUUUCUUGCCUUUCCAACAACCGUAUCGUUCGUUUCCGCCGUUCUUCGGCUCUUCACCGUUUCAGCAGUUUCCGCCGUUCCAAAGGCCUCCAGGCGUUUAUGGGUAUCCACCAUUCUAUCAGGUACAUCAUAUUAGACAAAGACCAUCUUUGCCUACUGUUUUGUUUACAAAUCAAUAAUGAGUGCUGUAUUGUACGAGACGAGCUGUUUACGUAUUCUGGUUUUUUGUGGUAAUAAUGUUGUUGUAGAGGUCGCCCUUCUUCGAGCCAAUGUGGAUGCCACGUUUUGGUCCGUGGGAUUACUCUGUAGAUGAUACUACAUCAGAAAAGGACGGUAACUUUCUCAGAACGCGAUAUCGCAACAACGGGCAACUAUAUUCCGACCAGUCAAAGAGAGAGCAACUGUUUUCCUUCAGUUUGGACAAGAUGUCAGACAAAAGAAAGUAG